AUGGCCGACUCAGCCCCCAAAGUAGCCGAGAAAGAGCAUCGCGAGCCUCAGGACGUGGUGAACGGCAAGGCCCAGGAGCUCGUGGACCAGAUCAAGAGGAGCAAGCACUUCAUCGCCUUCACCGGCGCAGGCAUCUCCACGUCCGCCGGAAUCCCCGACUUCCGUGGCCCAGAGGGUGCCUGGACGUUGCGGGCCCAAGGACGACAGAGGACGGGUAAAACGACUAGCACGCUACAGGCCAUCCCGACCAAGACUCACAUGGCGCUCGUCGAGUUGCAGAACAGGGGCAUCUUGAAGUAUCUCAUUAGCCAGAACUGCGACGGCUUGCACAGGAAGAGCGGCAUACUCCCGGACAAGAUCUCGGAGCUCCAUGGCAACAGCAACAGGGAGUACUGUAAAGAUUGCGGCAAGGAGUACCUCCGCGACUUCCGUGCGGUGGCAAGCUACGAAAAGACGGUCCGCGAUCACCGCACCGGCCGCAAGUGCGCCAUCUGCGGCGGUACCCUCCUCGAUACGAUCAUCAACUUUGGCGAGUACCUGUUCGCCGAGCCGCUCCAGCGCGCGCGCGACAACGCUAAGAAGGCCGACCUCUGCCUCGCCCUCGGCUCAUCCCUCACCGUGCCGCCCGCGUGCACGAUCCCGGAGAGCGUAGGAGAGAAGAAGCGCAGCCGCGCGAACCCGGAGGGCGGGCGGCUCGUCAUCUGCAACCUGCAGAGCACGCCGCUGGACCACCUCUCCACGGGGCUGAGGGUGUGGGCCACGACGGACGACCUGAUGGAAAGGGUGAUGGAGAAGCUGGGGCUGGAGAUCCCCGAGUUCGUGCUGAGGCGCAGGCUCAUCGUCGAGCUCGAGGCCGUCAGGGACGAGAGGUUCCAGGUCGAGGUCAGGGGCGUCGACGUCGACGGCACGCCGGCGACGUUCCUGCAAUCCGUCAGGAUGGAGGGGAGCAGGCGGUGGGCGCGGGCGGAGCCGUUUGUGAUUGGGUUCCGGCUGGAGUCGGGGGACGAGAUGGACGUGAAGCUCGAGCUGGAGUUCAUGGGCCACUACGGCGAGCCGAACUUGGAGAUCAUUCAAGAGUACGCUGGCGAGGGUAGGUUGGAGGUCAUGUACCUGCUUGAGUACAGUCCUUCGAGCGGGGAAUGGAAGGUGAGCAAGUUAGACAGCGAACUUCCCGUCGAAGGCGGCGGAGGAACUGAGCGGGAUGAGGAGAGGGAGGACUCGUUGAUGAUCUCGGCCGAAGAGGCUGGAGUGCCGAGCCAUGUUGUACCUUCGUCCGCCGCCAGCGAAAUCAUCGACCUGACGUCUUCUCCGUGA